CCCCUGGAAUUCCCGGUUUUUAACCCCCGGAAUUCCCAUUUUUCCGGCAGGGAAUGGGCUCUGGAGCUGACUGCCCGGCACUGCGGGGAGGAGCUGGAGCGCUACGGGCGCUGCGUGGCCGCCAGGCCCGAAUCCUGGCACAGGGAUUGUCACCGGCUGAGGCUCGGAAUCGCCCACUGCGCCUCGGCACACCCCAUCGUGCGUCAGAUCCGGGAUUGUGCCGAACCCCUGGCGGAGUUCGAGCGGUGCCUUCGGGACCACCCGGGCAGCGCCCACCGGUGCCACCCCCACGCCGGCGCCUUCCUGCUCUGCGCCGACCGCAUCAAGCCCGGCACGCCCUGAGGU